ACGGCGGCGGCGCGGCGCUCACAGCGGCCCGGCCUGCCCCGCGCCGCCCGCCCGACCGGGACACAAAGGGCACCGCGCAUGCGCACCGCGCUGGGGCGGGAAGGAGGGCGGGGCUGCCGGGCUGUUGCCGUCUCCCCCUCGCCCCUCUCCCCGCACGGGCGGCGGCUUCUCGUUGAGGACGGUUUAACGAUUCCAGUCAGCGUUUAUUCGAGCUAUGCCGCCGACAUGUUCCUCACAAACAGGCAUCUCCCCCUUCAACCUCUCUUUAAGCGCAAAAAUAUUUGCUAACGAACAGCUCGACACCGUGCAGCGGCCUCUCUGUGACUGCAGCGUGAGGGGAAGAUUUCGCCUCCGCCGCCGGUGAGGGCGGGAGCUUGGUGGCCGCUGCCGCCGGACGGAACCUGAGCGGCGCGGUGCGCGUUUCCCCGCCGGGCCCGGAAGCGAUGGGACCCGCCGGUAACGGCGGGAGGUGGAGAUAAACUACGGUAACUAAAGAAAGAUACCUCUGGAUACUAGUUUUUUUGUUAAAUUAAUUUCAAACCUAUUGGUUGCCUUGCUGGAAGUGAAUUCUUCAACUUCACCAACAUGGCUCUGACUACUAUGUUGCUGACCAGUGCUUACUUACGUGGUAGAUGUUGCAUGCACAAACUUUUGCACCCCUCACUUGGACCUCUCCUCAGCAAUUCCACGUCAAAGCUGUAUAGCAGCUACAGGAGGCCAGGGUCACAGCCUGAGAAAAAACCAUCUUGGCAAAAUAUUGAUUUCAGUUUUAAGAAGGGCUUCGAUGUCUUAAAGACUCAGCUAAGCAUGCUGAAGAAGGAGACUAAAGAUUACUUAGUAGGACCUGGAGGCCAUCCAUUGGAUCAGUAUCUGUUGGAACAGACAAGGGUGUUGUGGGAGUUUCGGAGCCAAGAAGAUUUAAAUAAAUGGGUUAUUUCCUCUGAUGUAGAGAUUGGAGGGAAAAGUGAAGUUUACCUCAAAUUGGGUAGGAAUAACCAGGCUGCUCUGCUGUAUGGGACCCUCAACACAGAAGUACCUCGUGAUGGGGAGACAAAGUACAGUGGAUAUUGUAGUAUGAGGGCUAAACUGCCAAUGGGAUCUUUUGCUAGGAAGAAGUAUUAUGACUGGUCAAACUUCAACAGUCUGUAUUUACGUGUCCGUGGCGAUGGCAGACCUUGGAUGGUAAACAUUUAUACAGACCCUUACUUCUCUCAUCAAAAGGAUGACCUCUACAACUACUUCAUGUUCACCCGAGGAGGCCCAUACUGGGAGGAAAUAAAGAUUCCGUUCUCCAAAUUCUUUCUCUCCAGUCGGGGAAGAGUCCAGGAUAACCAGCAUCCUAUCUGGUUAGACAAGAUUUGUACCCUUGGAUUCACGAUCGGAGAUAAAGUAGAUGGUCCAUUCCAGCUGGAGAUUGAUUUUAUUGGCCUGCUAAACGAUAGAGCUCACACAGAAGAAUUUGCUUAUGAAAUGUAUGAAAAGAAUCCUCGAGUCUAAGUUGGGCUGGUGUCCUUUGUGACAUUCUUUAGAUGCUUACUUCAUUUUUAUAAAACACUUCUUAACAUGUGGCUUAUAACAACCUCAAGAUUCUAUGUAAACAUUGAAGAGAUAAGUGCAUGAAGUGUUGACUGUAGUAAUCUGACUAGAGUGACACCAUUGGCAUCUUUCAAGCUGCCAGAUACAGAAUCCAGGAGAGACUGUUCAUACAUGGACUGGAAUGUAGCCUGAGGAGAGCUGUGAUGCAUUCUUACAAAGUAGUAACUGGUGACUAGGUAAGUUUUGGUUUCUGUCCUGACCUUUACAGAAAUAAAAGUAUUUCACAAGCUUGUUGUAA